CCUGCGCCAACGACGACGACGAUACUGCUCGUUCACCAGACAAUCCGCCACUGCCCUCGACCCCGACACAGACGGGCGCCCGCCUCCUCGCUCCCUCCAUCCCUCCCCCCGUCGUCACUCGCUCGCUCGACCGCCAGACACCACCACCGCCGCCACCACCACCACCGCCGCCACCACCACCAUGUCGUCCACGGCCGUCGUCUCCGCCGACGACGCCCUCGAGCCCACGCUCCAGUCCCUCCUCGACCAGCGCUCCCUGCGCUGGAUCUUCGUCGGCGGCAAGGGCGGCGUCGGCAAGACCACCACGUCGUGCUCCCUCGCCAUCCAGCUCGCCCGCGUCCGCCGCUCCGUCCUGCUCAUCAGCACCGACCCCGCCCACAACCUCUCCGACGCCUUCUCGCAAAAGUUUGGCAAGGACGCCCGCCUCGUCAACGGCUUCCACAACCUCAGCGCCAUGGAGAUCGACCCCAACGGCAGCAUGCAGGACCUGCUCGCCGGCCAGGCCGACGGCGGGGGCGGCCCCGCCGACGACCUCAACGCCAUGGGCGGCGGCAUCGGCGGCAUGAUGCAGGACCUGGCCUUUGCUAUCCCCGGCAUCGACGAGGCCAUGUCCUUUGCCGAGGUCCUCAAGCAGGUCAAGUCGCUCUCCUACGAGACCAUCAUCUUCGACACCGCCCCCACCGGCCACACCCUCCGCUUCCUCCAGUUCCCCUCGGUCCUCGAAAAGGCCCUCGCCAAGGUCUCCCAGCUCUCGUCGCAGUACGGCCCCCUGCUCAACGGCUUCCUCGGCUCCAACGGCGCCCUGCCCAACGGCCAGAACCUCAACGACAUGAUGGAGAAGCUCGAGUCGCUGCGCGAGACCAUCGCCGAGGUCAACGCCCAGUUCAAGGACGCCGACCUCACCACCUUUGUCUGCGUCUGCAUCGCCGAGUUCCUCUCGCUCUACGAGACGGAGCGCAUGAUCCAGGAGCUCGCCAGCUACGGCAUCGACACCCACUGCAUCGUCGUCAACCAGCUCCUCUUCCCCAAGAAGACGAGCGACUGCGACCAGUGCAACGCCCGUCGCAAGAUGCAGAAGAAGUACCUCGACCAGUACGAGGAGCUCUACGCAGAGGACUUCAACGUCGUCAAGAUGCCCCUGCUGGUCGAGGAGGUGCGCGGCAAGGACAAGCUGGAAAAGUUUAGCGAGCUGUUGAUUACCCCCUAUGUGCCGCCUCAGUGAAGGUGAAGAGGAGAGGCAUGGCAGGGCGCAAUCUCGCGCUCGUGUGGAUGGAUGUAUGUACGUAGUAGGCCUGGAUGAGACAUGAUUCGCGUCACGACAUCACAACACAUAAAACAUGUAGACAUGUCACAAUAAACGACUACCCC